AUGGCUACAGCUGCUGCCACCGGGACCAUCCUGAUCACUGGUGCGAAUGGUGGACUCGGAAGUGCAAUGGUACAGCAUAUUAUCUCGAAACCCGAGCUUGCCGCCUACCAUGGACUUUACACCGUCCGCGACACUACGCACGCGCCUGAUCUCACAACAGCGCUGGCACACGGCACUGCACAUUCGUACGACAUCAUGAGUCUUGAUCUGGCAAGACUUGAUAGUGUGCGUCAGGCAGCGGAAUCAAUCAAUUCGCGCAUUUCGGCAGGCGUGAUCCCGCCGAUUAGAGCACUCAUAUUGAAUGCUGGCUUCAUGGAUUUCGGCAAGCAGUCAUGGACAGCGGACAAACUCGAAACCGCAUUCGCGGUCAACUAUCUCGGGCACUGGCUGCUCACUAUGCUUUUGCUCAAGAGCAUAGACAAGGAGAAUGGUCGGGUCGUCAUAAUCGGUAGCCAUACUCAUGAUACCAACGAUCCGAGACAUGCGGUCAACAAGGCUUUUGCCGAUCCCAAGUAUAAAUACUUCCUAUCUGAUGCCGACAGUUUCCACGCCAUCGCCAAGGGCAAAUGGAGCACUGAAACCGAGGACGCAUCCUUUAGAGGCGGGUACCGACGGUAUGGCGCCUCAAAGUACUUGCAGAUUACCAUGCAGCACGAACUCCAGGCGCGGCUCAACGCCGAUGCCGCGCUGAACAAAAUUUGCGUCGUCGGCGUCGAUCCAGGCCCCAUGAUCUCCGGCUUGCAGCGUCUGGCGCCAUGGUUUAUCCGCGUGCUCAUCUUUAGAAUUAUCUACGCGUUGAUACUCUACUUGAAACCGAUCAAUGGAAUGAUCAGGUCGACGACGCGCUCGGCCAGCGAUGUUUUGGAGGCCGUAUUCGUGGUAGAUGAAGAGGGCAACCCGCCAAAGGAUAAGUACUGGGACGGUAGAACGCCAUCAGAGACGAGCGAAGAGUCGAGAGAUGUAUCCAAGAGGGAGUUAGUAUGGAAGGAAACGGUGAAACUGGCAGGUUUAAAGGAGGGCGAAACAGUUCUUGCCAAUUGGUCAUAG